AUGCCAGUGGGUUACAACUUCCACUGUUACACAGACUCCCCUGAUACCAGCAGUGCCACCGAGAGUCUCCUUGUAGCCUUGCCGGCGGGGGGCCUGCCCACUGGCUUCAUGGGCCCCUUCUCCUCGCUGGCUUCCCACACUUCCCACUUACCCUUGCUGGAGCUGCUCAUCUGUUAAUGCCCCUUGCACCUCCCCAUUGCCUCACUACUUAAACCAUGUGGUGACUCACUGUUGGAACCUCUCGAUGUCCAGGGCUGGGCCUGCCUCCAUGCUGUCUUUACUGUCUUCAGCACUGAAUGUGCCUAUAGUGCAGUUCAAGUGAUGCCUGUUGGCAAUGCUGCCAUUGCCAAAGGUUCUUCCACCAUCUGCUCUGCUCUCCUUGCCGUUUGUCUCAAGAGCCGUCUCAGUCACUAAGACUGGUGUGGCCUGUUGAACAGCACUGUUGGACUAAUCAUCAUUGUGGGACCUGGACUAGGGACACUACAGAAGGGGACCAGGGGCCUCUACACCCUCCUGGGCUAUGUGCUGACCUUCCUGAGCAGCCUGGCACUGUCGUGCUUGCUUCUGGUGUAUCUUUCCUUGGACUUCCCCUCCUGCCUACAAACAGUGGCCUUCCUGUUUGGCUUGGUGGGGCUGGUGGGCUCUGUACCAGGCCCCUUUCUGCUGCAGACCCCCACGCUGCUCCACGAUCCUCGGAGUUGGAGCUGUGUGGGGGCAGUGGUGAUCGUGCUCUGGUCUCUUUGUGUGAGUUAUGUGGUCACCAAGGCCCACCUAGCUCUGGUGUGUGUAAUCCUGCACUCUGAGGUGGUGGUGGCCCUCACGCUGCAGAAUUCUGUGCUUCCUGAGACUGUGGCACCUUGUGACAUUAUUGGGGCAGUGGUUGCGUUGGGCAACAUUGCCAUCAUAACCACCCACAACCUCAGCUAUGAAAGGGCAGGGCAGGUGGAGGAGUGAGAUUGACUUGAGAGGCAGGGUUUGGGGGUGCAAGGAUAAAUAGACACUGGAAUAAAAACAUGGGAGAGCAAGUAAUUUGAAGAGAACUGGUGUGGGAGAGCGAUGCCCCUUGGAGUCAAGGGUAAUGUGGGGACUUGGUAGAAAGGGACUGCCUAGAAGAUCUGGAAGAAGUAUGGGGACCAAGUGCUGUGGAGUCUAGGCUGCAGCGAGAGAAUCAGGGCAUAACUAAAGGGUAAGGUCUGAGGAGCAGAUAAAAGGGGCUGAGGCAGCCAGGCCAUGAGCCGUGGGAAGA